AUGGAGGCCAAGAAACACAGCCCUAGCCAAGGCCAUGUCCUGAAUGGAUCACCAACCUUGAAAGGGGAGACUCAAAUGGUAGCCAAGGAAGACAACUGCGAAGAAGCAGCCUUCCUGAUGAAGGUCGUUCGUGAGCGACAAAGCAUUCGAGCGGAUCAGUCCCAUCCGGUUCAUCCUCCGCCAUCUACACCUGGUGCCUAUACGGCUAGACCCGGUGAGCAACCACAAAGAGUAAAUGCUUUCUCGAGUGCCAAUGAUCUUGCCAAAAUUCCCCCGGUAACACUUUCUCGUAGAUGUACCACCAAUGGUGUUUCAGAUGACCUGGUCAUUUCCAAGUUGGUGUCACUACGUGCAGAAGCUGCCAAUAAUGAAUCAGCAUUGUUAGUACCUCCAUCAGAAAGUACCAAGGAAGUAAUAUUACCCAAACGAAUGCAACAUGGAGGGGACGAGGAAGAGGAACCAGUCAUUCUGCAGCCCGUGGCUUUAAGAAGGGGGGCAGAUCGCUCCCCAGCCCGUAUCAGCCAGCCGGGCGCCAUUGCCGUUUUCAUUACUGGUAUGAUGGAUACUGUGGAAGAAGCACAAACACAAACACAAGAUGAAAAUGUUACGGAACCAGCAGUGAAUUCGACACUCCGCAACGUACUUGCUCCCAUGGAAAUCAACGACGACCAUGACAGUGGUUUGGCCGUGGCCAAUCCUGUAGACGAAGAAACCCAACCCGAUAAGUUGCCGCUGGCAAAGGAUUACAAUGCUGAAUCGCAAGACCGAAACAGAGAAAAGAGAAUGAAAGAAUUCAAAACCAAGGUCCUAUUGGGAGUCAUUGUCUUGUUGGCCAUCGUCCUCAUCGUGGUGGCCAUUGUCACACCUGGAAAGAAGAAGCUGGAGGAAGAUUCCGAGACCACAGUGACACCAACCGAGGGACCCAGCCAUAACCCAUCUCUGGCACCCACUUCAUAUUCCGAGUAUUGGUUAUCCCUGUUGCCAACAACCACAGUUAUGACGAUCCUUGAGAAUCAAGACUCUCCCCAGUCAAGAGCCUAUGAUUGGCUCUUGGAGGACAUUGAAAGUUCACCAUUUCUUUCUCAUGAUAGGAUCAAGCAAAAAUUUGCACUGGCCGUCCUCUACUUUGCCACUGGUGGAGACAGCUGGCUGAAAAGCAACAGCUGGCUCAACCAUACUGUCCAUGAAUGUGAUUGGUUCACCCAGCCUGCUUUUGCCAGGAAGCAUGUAAUUUCUAAGACAUUCCCAGGCUUCUUGGCUGGUUUUUUGGAACCUCCACCAUCAACAAACUGUGACAAUGAUGGUUUGUAUCUCCAUCUUUGGCUUGACCAAAACAAUCCUGAUGGUUCUUUGCCAGAAGAACUUUACAUGCUGACUUCAUUACAAACACUGUCAAUUGAUGGAAGAAAUCUAGUAGGCACCAUUUCAAGCUUGAUUGGGCAGCUGACCAAUUUGAAUGGUCUUUCCUAUGCUAACUCACUGAUGACAGGAACGAUACCAACGGAAGUUGGCUUGCUCUCAAACAUGAGCAUCCUCUUCUUCGCCAGCAAUCGGCUUGAUGGGCCCAUUCCUUCAGAGCUCUGGAGUCUAUCCAAGCUUGACACCAUAUCACUGGGAGGUCAGAAUCUACAGGGCAUAUUGCCUACAGAGCUUGGUACCCUUUCACAGCUAAGAUGGAUGAUUGUGGAUGAUGGCAACCUCACAGGGACAAUUCCCACUGAAGUUGGACAGAUUGAGACGCUUGAAUGGCUUAUUCUAAAUCGAAACAAAUUUUCAGGAACCAUACCUAGUGAGAUUGGAAUGCUUGCCAACAUUUCAAUGAUGUCAUUCCGUAACAAUAACAUGGUUGGAACCUUGCCCAGCCAAUUGGGCUUGCUGACUGCGCUUACUUUGCUGUCAGGCAGGAGCAACCAACUAUCAUCCCAAAUUCCAAGUGAAAUCGGUCUCCUAACAAAUCUGGUGGUAACCCUAAACCUCCAGGACAAUGAGUUCCUCACUGGGACUAUCCCGACAGAGCUGGGCCGCUUGACCCAGUUGCAUUUUUUGGAAAUCCAAGGAAACCAGCUCUCGGGAAAGAUCCCCAGUGAAUUUGGCGGACUCAGCGCUCUGGAUGCUUUGAAUUUGGCCAGCAACAACUUGUCUGGAUCAGUCCCUCAAGAAUUGUCAGCUUUGCAAGGAACUCUCGACACAUUUGCUCUGCAUGGGAACCCAUUGUUGGGAGGUACUCUCCCUGAUGCCAUUUGCAGCUUGAAUGGUACCUGCACAAAGUUUCGAUCCAAGCUUGAUUCCUGUUCUGGACCACAAGGUUUGUUGUUUGAAUGUACUGAUUUGCUGUGCGGUUGUGGGUGCUCUUGCGAGGAUCCAAACUGA